AUGGGUCUUCCACUUUUUGUCGCUCCUGUCGAAUCCGACGUGGCUCGAAAACCUUCGCACAAAAACUCCACUACAUCGCCGUCGCGCACUUCUAUUCGUCGCGUUGAUCGCGCUCACUCGCGCGAACGCCAACGAAACGUGGCGCGUCGCGCCGCAGCCCGAAUCUACGGCCCCGUGCAGCGCACAUUAUCCGGCAGGAAUUUGGAGCGCCCGCUGCCGUGGAUUGAAUCGCCUGCGUCGGGGGCGCUUACCCGUGGCGCCUCGCAGUCGCGACCUAUACCGGACCGUCUAGAUCCUCCUGGCCCUGUGAACGGCGAGGAUGCUCGCAGAAGCCAGCGCAUGAGCCAGCGUAUGGAAGAGCACAUGGCUUCAGUACUUGGUACCAAUUGGCAUGACCUACCCCCCGGGCCUCCCACAGAAGAGGAAAACCAGGAAACGGAUCUCGGUUGGUGGUCUAUCGAUCCACGAGGACGUGCCCGACGUCCGCGUAUGAUGACUCCUAUUUCGUCGCGGUUCACGCGUAGCCCUGACACUCUGGAAGCCGCGCGCGCGCGUACCUCGUCUCCGCUGGCUGCGGAGAAUGCAUCCCGGGCAGAGCAAAGCGCUCGUCAGCAGCGUUUUCGCAUGAGUGUCAUUCAGCGCGAGCGACUUCUCAGAGCCAGGAGCCAGUCGACUGAGCACGGCACCGGUAUCGACGGUCUUGGUGACCGCGAGCGAAGCAUUAGCCCGGAAGAGUGGGACACCUUGUUCACAACUUUGGCCCCAGAUCCGCAGCCACCGAGUGCCAACACUUCGUUUGCUUCGGCAACCGGCACGCAGAGCGCAGGCCAGACCGCAGCCGCGCCGUCCACCGGCGGGUCAAUCCUCCCUGACGGCUUCGACGAUGCACCCGUGGACCCAGGCUGCGAUUCGGGGUGUGAGCACUCUGAUCCAAACGAAGGGGUCUUGAGACAACAGCCACGUGGUAUAGACGAAGGUGUUGCGGGGGGACGACGACGCGAUUCAAACGGCAGGGUUCUGGGGGGGACACCGCGGAAUCGCGGGGUUCGACUAGAGUACCGCCAGCACGAGCCCAUGCCGCACUACGCACGAUCUAUCAACCGCAGGCGAGCAGUGCCUCAGCAGCGCCAUCCUGUGUUUGAACAUCCCGAUGCACCCAGCAUAGCAGAACGUCAGGCUUUGAACAGAGCACCAAUGCCGGAUCGCAACAGGUCAGAUUCAUGGGUCGCGCGGGCCUCGAUUGGUGCCGGAGAGCAGGACAAUACCAGCCUACCGCGACACGCUAGGAUGAUGACAUUCUCUCCUGGUGCAGCGCCUGCAGAAGAGGAUUGGUCUGGCAUGCAACACAUUAUGCGAAGCUUGGCGCAACGAGAAGACAUACCGGAAGAAUGGUGGGCUGCGGCUGGUCUCAGCCGUACACUGUCUCAACAGGGUACAAGUUGA